GUUCGUAUGUCGUGCCUUGGUUGGAUGUUGUGUCACACGUGAUAGUGAACUUCGUGAGUAAGCUCGUACACAUUAUUUUUGGGAGAUGUUCAGCAGCAAGUAGAGAGAGAGAGAGUCCACAAAGUUAGCUAAGUAAUUGCAGUGCUCAUAUAAUGGCUGGACACGGCCAUGGUCACGGUGGACACCAUCACGGGUGUUGUGAAGACGAGCAUGAGGCACCCGAGCGCGGCGUGGAGUAUGCGCUUUAUCUGCGCAUUGACUUGGAGAAAAUGCAGUGUCUGAACGAGAGUCGUGACGGAGACGGAAAGCUCGUAUUUAAACCGUGGGAUCAGCGCACAGACCGCGAGAAGUUUGUUGAGAGUGACGCUGACGAAGAACUGCUCUUCAAUAUUCCGUUUACUGGCAGUGUCAAGCUGAAGGGAAUCAUAAUUUCAGGAGAGGAUGACGAGUCUCACCCUUCAGAGAUGAGACUGUACAAGAAUAUCCCACACAUGUCAUUUGAUGACACAGAACGGGAGCCGGAACAAGCCUUUCGUCUGAACAGAGAUCCGCUUGCUGAGCUGGAGUACCCAACAAAGAUUGCCCGCUUCUCUAAUGUAGAGCACCUCUCCAUCCAUUUGUCCCGAAACUUUGGUGCAGAGUCUACACGUGUCUACUAUAUUGGAUUGAGAGGGGAGUACACACAGGCCCACCGACAUGAGGUCACCAUCUGUAAUUACGAGGCGUCCGCCAACCCAGCUGAUCACAAAGUGCAAACCAUCACUCCCCAAACACACUUCAUCUCCUGAAACACAAACAAACGUGCACGCAAACGCACAAUAACUGCAACUGGAUGGAUCCUCACUGGUAAAAUGGACCUGGCAGGUAGAGAUGCUGUUGACAGGGAGGAACUGGACUCAGACCAGAGGACAUGAGAACACCGCUGCAGACGAUGCAGAUGCCCAUCAUCUCUAAUGUUGGCACAUGUAACUGUAUUUUUGGUGUGAUAAUAAAAUUGAGAGAAUUGAGAUUAAA